AUGGAUAAUAUUGGUGUAGAGGUUGAAAAGCCACCACUGAUCUCCUAUCUUGCUCAAGUAAAGAAGGAAAGCUCAUUUAUGCCUUUGACAUUGCUAGAACUUCUGAAGCAGUAUAGUGCCAAAGUGAAACGUUUGAGGGAGGGAAAUCUCAAAGAGCUAAACACUGUUAAGCCAACAAAUAGUUCUGGCCAUCAAGCUUUGUCUACUGCUGGGAUCAUGGAGUUAGCUAGAGCACAACUGUUUGUGCUCAACUCCCAGAAGGCUGAUGUUCUUUCCAGUGUGGCUAGUUGCAUUGGAGCUCAAUCUGCUCUCGGUUCUGAAUUUUCUGAAGACUUGGGACUUGCAAUACUACUUCAAGCAGCUGCUGAAUACGUAGUCAAUCAACAAUAUGUUUAUUCAAGGAAAUUGCUCAACAUGUCUUUGCGAGAGAAAAUUGAUCAAGAAUGUGGUAUGGUUGCAUCAUUAGAAGAUCUGGAAGGAGAAACAAGGAGGCCUAUUGAUGAGAAAUUGGCUCUGGUUAGUCUGCAACCUGGAAUGAUGGCAUCUCAACAAGAGAACCCUUUCUCCCUCGUUAGCCAAUUCACAGCAAUUGGAUCCAUCAGGGCAACUGUGGCAACAGCAAGGAGAGUUCACCUCAUUAAUUUUGGACUUGAUAAUGGAUCACACUGGACGCUAAUUAUGCAGGAUUUUGCUGCUCAGUAUGACUAUCCAAUUGAGCUUCUCAAGAUAACAGCUGUUGGAACCUCUAACAGAUGA